UUAAAAGCCAUUGUUUGCACUGAGUACACUUGUGAAGUUUUGUAUAGUUUGGUGACAAGCGGCAAUGACUCUUAUAUGACAUUGCUAUUUAUGUUUAUAUAUGUACUUAUGUCUUUUUGUGUAUGUUUGUCUUCUUCAGAUGUAAAAACUGGGUUUACAAUAAAUGAGAUAAGUAAAAAGUUGGAAUUUUUUGUGGAAGAACAUGACCUGCAAAGAUUCAGAGAUGAUGGUCCCUUUGACUUCAAUUUGAAGGAAUUGCAUGAUUUUAUUCUUAAAGAAGAUAAAUGUCCAAAGAAUGAUUGUGAAUUGUAUGAAAUUGGAAAGAGAUUCAGAUGUUCUUCUAUCCUAAAUCAGUGUAAGAAAAUGAGCUCAGGAAGUUAUUAUCUUCAAGGUAGUGAAUACAAGAAAUGCUUCACUAAAGAGAUAGAGCUGUUGGUUCCACGAAAUCAGUGGGAUAUAGCUGUGAAGUUUAGUUCAGACCUCAAUGGCCAUCAGAAACUUGAUACUGAAGAAAUCCUUUCCAUAAAUAAUAAAAGUGAGAACGCUUUCGGUCAGAACUCUAAUCUCCUUAUUCCUCAGCAAAUGCAUAUUGGAAAAGAACCUGAUGAAAAUAAUGUGUGUGAAGCAAUCUCAUCCUGUCACUCAUCUCUUCCUUGCCACCCUGGAAUGAAAAGAUAUGCCUAUGAUCUGUGUGGGAAAGCCUUUGGUUGGAAUCCAGCUCUUGCUAGCCCUCAGAAGGUUCAUACUGGAGAGAUAUUUCAUGAAUGUACUGAAUGUGGGAGAGCUUUCUAUAACAGAUCAUUCCCGCUUGACCAUCAUAGAAUACACUGUAAAGAGAAGCCUUAUUUAUGUCUUCACUGUGGAAAGCCUCACAUAUGCAAUCAAUGUGGAAAAACUUGUACAGAUAUUUCUAGUCUAGCAAAACAUAAGGAAAUCCACACUGGAGAUAAGGCUUAUGAAUGUAAUCAAUGUGGAAAGACUUUUAGAUCGAGCUUUCAUCUUGCUAGACAUCAGGGAAUCCACACUGGAGAGAAACCUUUUAAAUAUAAUCAGUGUGGAAAAGCUUUUAGAUAUAAUUAUAACCUUACAGAACAUCAGAGAAUCCACACUGGAGAGAAACCUUUUAAAUGUAAUCAAUGUGGAAAGGCUUUCACACAGAGUGCCAGUCUUGCUUUACAUCAGAGAAUCCACACUGGAGAGAAACCUUUUAAAUGUAAUCAGUGUGUAAAGGCUUUCACAGGCAGUGCCAACCUUACUGCACAUCAGAGAAUCCACACUGGAGAGAAACUUUUUAAAUGUAAUCAAUGUAUAAAGGCUUUCACACGCAAAAUGAAUCUUAUAAGACAUCAGAGAAUUCACACUGGAGAGAAACCUUUUAAAUGUAAUCAGUGUGGAAAGGCUUUCAGAUGCAGCUCAAGUCUUCCUAGACAUCAGGGAGUCCACACUGGAGAGAAACCUUUUAAAUGUAAUCAGUGUGGAAAGGCUUUUACACGCAGUACCAAUCUUGCUGCACAUCAGAGAAUCCACACUGGAGAGAAACUUUUUAAAUGUAAUCGGUGUGGAAAGGCUUUUAUACAGAGUACCAGUCUUGCAGAACAUCAGAGAAUCCACAUUGGAGAGAAACCUUUUAAAUGUAAUCACUGUGGAAAGGCUUUUACACAGAGUUCCAAUUUUGCAGAACAUCAGAGAAUCCAUACUGGAGAGAAACCUUUUAAAUGUAACCAGUGUGGAAAGGCUUUCAGAUUUUCCUCUAGUCUUGUUAUACAUCAGAGAAUUCACACUGGAGAGAAACCUUUUAAAUGUAAUCAAUGUGGAAACUCUUUCACAAGCAGUGCCAAUCGGGCUGCACAUCAGAGAAUCCACACUGGAGAGAAACUUUUUAAGUGUAAUCAAUGUAGAAAGGCUUUCACACGCAAAAUGAAUCUUACAAGACAUCAGAGAAUUCACACAGGAGAGAAACCUUUUAAAUGUAAUCAAUGUGGAAAGGCUUUCAGAUGCAGCUCCCAUCUUGUUAGACAUCAGACAAUUCACACUGAAGAGAAACCUUUUAAAUGUAAUCAGUGUGGAAAGGCAUUCAGAUGCAGCUCCCAUCUUGCUAGACAUCAGAGAAUCCACAUUGGAGAGAAACCUUUUAAAUGUAAUCAGUGUGGAAAGGCUUUCACACGCAGUGCCAGUCUUGCAGAACAUCAGGGAAUCCACACUGGAGAGAAAUCUUUUAAAUGUAAUCAAUGUAGUAAAGCUUUCAGAUUCUCCUCCAGUCUUAUUACACAUCAGAGAAUUCAUACUGGAGAGAAACCUUUUAAAUGUAAUCAAUGUGGAAACUCUUUUACACGGAGUGCCAAUCUUGCUGCACAUCAGAGAAUCCACACUGGAGAGAAACUUUUUAAAUGUAGUCAGUGUGGAAAGACUUUCACACGCAGUGCCAGUUUUGCUGCACAUCAGAGAAUCCACACUGGAGAGAAACCUUUUAAAUGCAAUCAAUGUGGAAACUCUUUCACACGUAGUGCCAGUCUUGCUGCACAUCAGAGAAUCCACACUGGAGAGAAACCUUUUCAAUGUAAUCAGUGUGGAAAGGCUUUCAGAUUCUCCUCCAGUCUUGCUGCACAUCAGAGAAUCCACACUGGAGAGAAACUUUUUAAAUGUAAUCAAUGUGGAAAGGCUUUUACACGUGGCUCCCAUCUUGCCAGACAUCAGAGAAUCCACACUGGAGAGAAACCUUUUAUAAUGUAAUCAAUAUGGAAAAAGUUUUAGAUGCAGCUCCCAUCUUGCCAGACCUUAGAGAAUCUACACAGGAGUGAAACUUUUUUUUUUUUUCCUAUUUUGUAUAGGCGAGAUUAGCAGUGGGAAGUGUACUAGCCAUAGGAUUAUCUUGCUCCUGAUUCUCUAAUCUAACAUAAUGAAAGCAUUAUUACAGUAAUAAUACAUGCACUAGAACAGGACCGAGAAAACUUUGAAAAAUGUUUUCUUGAAUUCAUUAAUACUCAAAAAAGAAAUUCAGGCUUUGCAGAUUUGUUUCUUGACAUAUUUUUCUGUUUUGUGUAAAUUUAAAAUGUUCAUUUGAUUUUAUUGGUAUGAAUUUCAACAUUAAAAAAGGAAUCAGAUAUU